UGGGUAUUCUCAAUGGGUACCUUACCUAGGUAACACGUUUGAAUAUGAAUAAUACUAUCGCAUCUAUGAAGACUCAACUUUCUGUUUUAUCUCUUCCAACAAAGAUCCUGCCAACACAAGGAGUCUCUUCACGCUCCUAGCUGAUCUGAAUUCGUGAAUGAUGCCAUAGCUAUAGUAUUACGAAAAUGAACCCACUUCCCUCCGCGUCGCGCAUUGUAUUACUCGCCGCGCAUCUCGCUGCCAAAUGCGAUAUCGAGAGCUUGACAGCGCUUGCAGCUCAACAUACCAAGAUCUUGCGACAAGACUUACUGCUUCGAAUAUUAUUAACGUGUCUACCUGAGACACUGCCGCCUAAGCAAUAUGUCUCACUCGUUCAAAAGAUCGAGUCUGGAAGCUUAGAAACGGAAGUUGAACGACGAGAAAUUGACUGGUCUUCGGUACAGGACAUCACCGAUGAUGAGGCUGCGAGGAAAGUCCGCAAGUUACGGUUGCUCCCCCUCGCCCAAGAGAAUGCGACCGGAGACGAACUAAACGACCCUAUUUCUCUCUUCUUAAUCCAUCGUGCGCGUCGUGUCGACGAAGAGGCCGGUCUGCUUACUCAGUUGCCCGACCUAAUCGUGCCAUUCCUAGACCAUGCACCAUGUAUUCGAACCUGGAUGGUCUCAGUUUUGCUCCCUCUUCUUCGGCGAAACCAUGAAUAUUACCCACAUUGCCCCGCCACACAGACCUUGUCUGACUUCGAGCGGAUGAGCGACCAAGCAGCAGUAGACUUGCUCUUGUCGCAGACUGGCGCUCGUCAAGAAGAUCUGGCAAAUGUUGGGAGAGACCUACGUGGAUUGAUAGGCCCAUGGUUACAUAACGAAGCGAGGUGGGUGCGUAGUGAUGAGAAUGGAUAUUCUUCGGAGAAUGGCCAACCCUCGUCCCAUAUCACCUGUCCAGGAUGGGAACAUGUUCUCGAGUGGAUCACGACACAAGCCUCAAAGUCGUGGAGAGUGGCUGCACGAGCUAUAGACCAAUGGGACGGGCCGGACGAUGUCGAUUUGGGCGGUUACGCAUCUAUGUGGCUAGAAGACGAGGAACAGGAGUAUCUGGAACAACGAUACGCUCGUGCUGCGCUCGCCUCGGCAUAUCUAAUACCAGAAGCUUCAGUCGAAGCCCUAAGUGGUGUCAACAGCAUUACCGCGAAGAUCAUGGCUUUGCUAGGUCAAGAUCCUUGUCCGACGCUACAAGUUGCUUCAUCUUUACUUCCGCCAUUUGCUGGCCUAGCUGCAGAACAGCUUCUCCGUGCCAAAAAUGCUACGUAUAUGCGCAAUGAUUUACUCGCCGAGUCAAACCCGCUUACUUCACCAAGUGAGGCUUCUGCGCAACUCUUGCACAUUUUAACCCUCAGCGCCUUUAUUCUUACUAAAGGUAGUGUUCCUUGUACCGUUCGAAGAGCAGGGGAACUAGCUUUUCUGCAAGAUCAACGGGAGCAGAAGAUAGAAGCCACAAAAUUUAUACAUUCGUUGAGUAAUAACGGACCUAAAAGCGACGAUAAGUACUGGAUUAGAGCGAGGAAUGAGCUUUUAUGGCUUCAAGACUGGGGCGCGGAAGAGGUUCAAGGUUCCUCUUCCAACGUUCGAGCCCAAGGCGUCUUUGGCCAACUAAAAAAACAGUUUCUCGAGGUCGAAUGUCUCAAGGCAUUCCUAAGCAACACACGCUAUUCUCUGGCAAGGUCUAUAUACGAAGAUGCCCCCGAAAAGCCUCUCGAUGACGAUACUUUGCGGGAAACUAUUGUUUCUUCUGCAAUGAAUGCGUAUGACAAUGCCACUAAUCCACAUCGCGGCCGUGGCGGUCUUUUAAAAUGUGAUGACAUAAUACACGCGUUCCCCCAAGCUCUAGGGGAGACUCACCCUGCGUCAAAAAGGAUCGAGGCUCUCUUGAAGGCCACACAUGCACUAAGCGAAUACCGUCUCAUAUUGAAAAAGGGAGAGCCAUUCACGCCCGUAGUGUUGAGGGUUCAUACAGAUCCUAUCUCCAUUAUAGGGAAGGUAUUGGAGCAGAAUCCCAAAAGUUAUACCCGAAUCCAGGAUUUCCUCGAAAUUGGGUCUAACAUGCUUGAUGCCGGCCUAUUAACCAAUACUAAGUCCGACCAGUCGCAAUUCGCAGCAGAGCAAGUGUGGCAGCGGUCGAUUGUUGAAAACCGGAUUGUGGCUAUGUGUAUAGACGCUGCUCUAACAGAGGAUGACUUUGAAACAGCAUAUUCGUACGUUGUCAAUCGUUUGGCCGCAGAUAACAGGAUCGCCCCUCCGAGAUUAGGACGCGAGCCUGCGUUGAAGGGCACUCUGGCAACGGAUGAUUAUUCAUGGAAAGCAGCGCUGCAGGCCGGUAAAUAUCGCCGUACCGCGCGAACUAUUAAGCCUACACACAUCGGGACGGCCAGCGGCAACCUUGACAUCCGACACCUGGAACAGCGGAUGGAAUGUCUAGCGACGGCACUUCGCGUUGCCCCGCCCGCUACCCUCCAAGAGAUUUUGAACGUCUUUCGCAAAUGCGAGGAGGAGCUAAAUGCUGCUGUGAAGGCAGAAGAAGAGCAAGAAUCAGCUUGGGAUGACCAGGGAGACCUACAGGUUAUGCCAGGCGCUUUUAGCAGCACCGUGCCGGCCGGUGUUGUAAGAAGCGCAAAAGCGGCAUCCUCACGACAAGCUGAGGAGGCACCCAUGUCGCUCUUCGACUUAUCCCGAGCGAGCAUGGCUAGAGCACAGCGCAACUUGACGGCUUUGUCGAGUUUGCAACGGAGUGAGAAUGCAAGAUCAGACGAGACCUAUGGCGAGACAGGAGAUGGCUCUGGUCAGCAGAGAGUCAGAAAAAGAGAUCAAUUAAGGGAGGCUGCAGUUGGGACUUUGGCGUCCGGCGUUGGGUGGCUAAUAGGAGCCCAGCCUGUUGAUAGGGGUGGGGAUAGGAGUUAAGGAGAUUAUCUAGUAAGGUGGGAAUACCUACGUAGGGUACUCUAGUUAUGAGAGGAUCGUAUCCCAAUAUCGAUUUAUCCUUUCACCUCCAACGUCGUUCGUCUCUAUAUUCAGCCAUUACAGUAUGCCCUUCUCUGUCAAAAGCAAGAACAAGAACGGUGAUCAAAUACUAC